CACCAUCCCCCACGUCCAACGAGACGUCAGGAUCAGAGUCUCGAGCCGUCGCGUUUCACCCUCUGAGAGUAGCCAAGAGCCCCGGUGCAUCGGCUCGAGACGACAGAAAUGGAAGUCGAGAUGACGCAGGCACGUGGACGUUAGCACGAUUAUGCUCCGUAUUAUGCCGCCAGAGGAUGUCCAAAAAUACGCCCACAUAAAACGCAAGAGCGUAGCCUUUCUGUCGAGUUUAUUUAGGACGAAAAAGUUCGCUUCAUCAGGAAUGCGAAUCGAGGACGAAGAAAUGGAGCGAGCUCCGCGGAUCGAGACGCAAGCCGUGAUUUCUACCGCUUAUCAAAACGACAACAACGUCGCACGUAUCCCGUCGACGCUGAGCGUCGCUGCCGCUGACGUAGUUGUAGCCUGCCAACCCCACCCGUCACCGUCGCACUCUACACUGACCUUGACUCCGGGAAGGACCAGAAACAUUGACCAAGACAUGGAGGCGCUUCGGCUCAGCCGACAGGAUAAUCCAUUUUUGCAGGUCCUGGCGAGUCGGGAAAGCCUUGUGGAGUCGAUCGAGGAGUCAGAAUCUGACGACGCGAUCUUGAUGUCUCAGGAACUCGGCGACGCGGAUCCACUGACCCUCGCCCAAGUCCACGAACACCUGGUGCGAAGUCCACCGCCGGCGACAUGGCCACACAAUCCAAUAUUCCAUUUCCCUCACCACAACAACCAGAUCACCGAUCACGGCAGUCAGGUCAGACUGCAGAACGAUCAGCCUCAGGAUCACAACCGGACGCGGCACUUCCUCAUCGGCAAGGGACAACCCAAGAGUCCUAGUUUCCGAGGCACCGACAGUGUUCUCGAACUCUCCAGGAGCGAACCUUCCACGGAUACGAGAGAUCGUCACUCGCACCCGUUUUCCUUGCUGAAUCCAACGCCGAUCCGAUCUCUGUCGGAGGUGAGACGCCUGCACAGAUCAGCGGACGACAACGUCCAGCUGAUGUCCUCGGAGUAGACGAGGAUUCGGACGAUCCGCGAGGACGCGGACCGAGGAACCCUUUCUAUUCAACUCGUUUGGACCUGGCUUUGAACUGCACAGAGGGCGGCGUUUUAUCUACCGAAAGAAGAUAAGAUAAUGCCGACGCCGCUUCUCUGCAACCGCGGAUAAUCUAGCCAAACAUUACAUUUGAGCCUUGGAUUAUAUUUUACGGAUAUUUUUUGCGUGCUACUGUAUUCGAGCGGUGACUAUAGUAUUAUAACCGAUCCAAGUAUCUCAACUGGUAAAAAAUCGUAUCUAAGUCGUGAUCACGCAACGACGCGGGAGUUUCGCUGCAAUUUACUUGUUUAACAUCGCUGCCUGAUGACGGUGAUGACGAUGACUAUGAUUAUUAUGAUCGUUAAAAUUUUACUCGACGUUUCAUCACUUUUAAUUACGUAUGAUAAUCGCGCUAAUCAAGACCGAAUUGUAGACAAGUGAAAACUGCUGGCAGUGGAAAUAUGAGUAUAUAACGAAUUGAAUUUAUAUAUGUAUAUGAAAUGAGAAAUUUAUUCUCAUGUAAUUUUCAUCAAUUUUUACAUUUCUUUAUAUUUUAAGUUUCUAUCAGUUUCUUUAUGUUGAUCAUGUAGUUCGGGUACUCAAUCCAUUUCCAUAGAUACACGGAAUUUUCGAUGCGUAUUAAAAUAA